AUGAGUGUUGAGNGAUUAAUAGAGCAAUCUGCAGGAGGAUAAGUUCGAGCCUUUCAGUCCCUUAGAGGCUAAGUUAGAGGACCUUUCAUUAGCAAGGAGAGUUCAUUAAAAUGUAAUUAGUGCCUCGACUUCCCUAUAAAAUUAUAUAAUUUGUUUUUUGAGUUUGAAUAGAAUUUAGAAAAAUACCCAAAUGGACAUUACAAUGUUUCAAUAACACAAGUGAUUACGGCAAAUAUGUAAUUUACUUACUCUUAAUGCUUAGCUAUUGA